UAAACAUCAGCUUCUCCCUCUCACGUAAGGGGGUUUAAACUGCACUGCAAGGUGUGAGAAUGAUUUCUGCGUUCACGAGUCUCAGACACUUUGGCACAACUACGAUGAGGAGAGCGGCGUCUGAGUUCCGAAUGACAGUCCCAUGGGGAGAGAUGAGAGGUCAGGUUUGGGGUCCUUCUCAUGGUCGUCCCGUGCUGUGUUUGCACGGUUGGGCUGACAACAGCGGAUCGUUCAAUACCCUGAUUCCAUUGCUUCCUAAAGACUGGAGAUUCGUAGCCAUUGAUCUUCCAGGUCAUGGCUUCUCGUCUCAUAGGCCUGAUGGAUGCUUUUACACGUUCCCUUUGUAUGUGGCAGAUGUUCGGCGAGUUGUAGAAGCUCUUCAGUGGAAGCGAUUCUCUAUAAUUGGACAUAGUAUGGGUGGUAAUGUGGCAGGAAUAUUUAGCGCGUUGUACCCAGAGAUGGUUGAAGACGUAGUUCUCUUGGAUACUUAUGGAUUUCUCCCGACAGAAGUGACUGACAUGUUUAAAAACAUGAGAAAAGGGAUAAAUGAUCAAAUCCAUUAUGACAACAAGAUGGGUGAAAGGAAAGAGAAGGUGUACACGUACGAGAAAGCCAAAGAAAGGUUGAAGGUUGCAAACCCCUCCCUGUGCGAUCAGUCUGCAGAUAUUCUGUUGGAGCGAGCAGUCAGAGAGGUUGAGGGAGGAUUUAUAUUUACCAGAGACUUCAGGAUCAACCUGAAAAACAUUGUAAAUAAUAAUAUGCAACAGUGCCUCUACUUGCUGUCACUAGUUAAAGCCAGAGUGAUGCUACUGCUGGCAAAUGAGGGUCUGUUCAAAACGUUUACUCUACCUAAUGGAUAUAGUGAUAUGAUUCGGAAGAGCUGGACUGAUCAAAAAGCCACCAUUCUUGACAUAGAAGGAGACCAUCACAUUCACCUCAACAAACCUGAGUCUGUGGCCUCCAUAAUCACUGAUUUUCUUCAGUCACACAGUCCUGACAAAACAGAAAGUGAAUUUGACAACAACCAAACAUCGAAAUUAUAACACAGAUUCCAAUAAUGCAGUAUACACAUCAUUCAAAGUUUCACAUCAUUAACCAAUUCUCGUUAUUUUGCGUUAUACUAUGAUACUUUUUUAAAGCAUAACAAACUUUAGAUUUAUUUUC